AUGAAUAACAAUGCUCCAUUUGGUGGAAAAAUAAUGAUCAUGGGCGGAGAUUUUCGUCAGGUGCUACCAGUUAUUGAAAAAGGAAAUAGAGGACAAAUGAUUUCAGCAUGUACUGUUAGGUCUCGAUUAUGGUCCACCACGAAUGUCCUACAUUUGCGCCAAAAUAUGCGAUCAAUUCAUGACCAGGACUUUGCGCAGUUUCUAAUGAGGAUUGGAGAUGGUAAUGAACCUACUAAAGAGGAUGACAUGGUCAGAAUGCCUGCUGAAAUUGUAAUACCUUGGGAAGGAGAAAGCUCCAUACAAAAUACAUUCCCCCAAUUAGAAAACCAUGGAUGUGAUGCUUCAUAUAUGGUGGAGAGAGCGAUACUUACUCCAAAAAAUUGUGACGUGCAUAUGUUGAAUGACAUGAUUAUUGAUAAAUUCCCUAGAGAUGAACAUAUUUUGUUAUCUUUUGAUGAGGUUGAGGGUGAUACUCAUAAUCUAUAUCAACAGGAAUACUUGUACACGAUUGCUCCUGGUGCUUUACCGCCACUGAUCGGUGGAUUUCAAUUGUGUUUUUAA